CGAAACCACCAGGUGUAAAGAGAUUGUUUACUAUGAGAAUUUAUUAAUUACUAUACUCUCGAUAAUGAUUUUAAGAUGUAGAAAAUUUGGAUUUUAUAAGAGUCGGCUCUCCUCUCUAUACUUAACUAGGCUUUAUGCGAGUAAGCCGGAGUCCAUUGAGCAUUCGCUUUCGACGACGUUAUUAGAAAAAGCUAGAAAUUUAUCCAAUGAAUACCAAAAAACUCAAAAAUAUCCUUCUCAGAAUGACAUAAAUUUUAAUGCCAAUAAUGUGGAACUUGCUAAAAGGUUUGUGAGGUUACAGAAAAUUCACAAUUCUUUCUCUGACUACGAAUCGGUAUAUAAGCAAUUAGAGGAAUUACGAAUGAUGGAAGCGUCUGAAGCUGAUUUGGAGUUGAAGCUAUUGGCUCAAUCGGAAGCAAAUAAUCUACAACCAUUACUUUCCAGCUGUGUCGAAAAAUUAGAGAACUCUCUACUUUCACAACCACCGACACAUCAAUCAUCAGCCAUCCUAGAAAUUCGUCCAGGAGUAGGAGGUACUGAGGCAGCCCUUUUUGCAAAAGAACUGGCAGACCUGUAUGCAAGAUAUGCCAGUUACAAGAACUGGAAGACGAAAGUCAUUUCGAGCAGUGUAGUUCAGGGAACAGAAGGUAUCUCUGAAAUGAUAUUUUCAGUUGACGGUGAAAGCGCCUAUGGCCAGCUGAUGCUUGAGGGGGGUGUCCAUCGCGUCCAAAGAACUCCCGCCACUGAAACGAAAGGACGCGUGCAUACCAGCACUGCUUCUGUAAUUGUUCUGCCGCAGAUGCUUCAGGACGAAACAUCUUCCUUAUACAGUCCUUCUGACAUCAGGAUCGAAGUGAUGCGUUCGCGUGGUGCAGGAGGACAGCAUGUCAACCGAACAGAGUCCGCAGUUCGUUUGACGCAUAUACCAACUGGUAUUACUGUUAGUAUGCAGGAUUCCCGUUCUCAACACCAAAAUAGAGAAAAGGCUUUUAUAGUUUUAAAUUCCCGCCUGGCUGCUAUAAAAGAAACAAAAGAAAUGGAAGAGGAGAGGAUGAAAAGGAAAGUUCAAGUUUCUUCUUCCUCCAGGUCUGAAAAAUUACGCACCUACAACUUUAAUCAAAAUCGUGUAACAGAUCAUCGCUUAGGUUUGAGCUUUCACGAUUUAGAUUCUUUUAUGGAAGGUACAAAUAAAUUCGACGAAUUUUUGGAAACGAUAAGAAAAUGGAAUCGUCAGCAGUUGCUUACUUCCCUGGAUCUUUAAAUAAUGCGCCCUGUUUACUACUUAUUAUUUUAAUUAAAACCAAGGGAAUAUCUAAUUUUAUUUAAAUCAUAAUAUUCAUCCAACUUAAGCUGGGAAAAUGCAUGCUG